AUGAUGGAUGGCUCGUCGUUGCACAUCGAUAUCCCGGGUCUCACUCGAGAAUCUUCUUUUUCCGAGGCCGGGAUUACCAAUGGACAGACAACCAUCACCCAAGAUGAACUUCAACACCUAUUUGAUGCGAGAAUCGACGAGAUGCACAGUUUGUUAGAUGAACAGAUCCUCUCACUCCAAGGGACCAAUCCUCAGGAAAAGAUAUCAUUUCUAGUAUUAUCCGGAGGGUUUGGAAGCUCACCCUACGUGAGAGAAAGACUAAAAGCUCGAUACCAGAACCCGGCUUUCAUGUCCAACCUUGUUGAAGUCCUGACAGUGGAGGAGCCGCAGCUGGCUGUGGUCCAAGGUCAAAUAAUGAACCGUAUCCAGCAGCUUAAGCAAGGUGCCUCGGCCUUUAAUUCCCUGUAUAGUCGAGUUAGCUAUGGCGUAAUAUGUGAUCAGCUCUACGACCCACACCGGCAUUCUCGCGAGCCUGUUCGAUUUGAUGAAAGAGAUGGGAAGAAAUUUGCUAUAGGCCAAAUAGAUUGGCUCAUUCUCCAGGGAGAUGCAACCCCCCGCACUGGGGUAUCAAAGGAAUUUCGACGAAAGAUUUACCCACAGCAUAUGGCCAAGCCAUGGGUUGCACAGAUUGUGAUGUCGACUCUCCCACCGGCGCAAGUACCGCAGAGCAUGUCGCAUCCGGGAGCAAGUCUCAUUUGCAACAUAGAGGUAGAUAUGACCAGCGUGGACCGAAAACCCCAAAAUCACCGCUGGUAUCACCGGAAUCCACCGCAUUUCCUAGCCAGUUUUACGAUCAAGAUGGUCAUUGGCCCCACUGACCUUGAGUUUGAACUGUGGAACAAGAGCGGAGGGAGAAUACGCAGUCAGAAUCGAGACCCCAUCACCGUCACCUGGACCGCUCCGGCGCAGGAAAUGAUGAGUGAAACUGACCGUGAGAUUCCAGAAAUGGCCGACGAUAAGAAGUACAUGCCUUCCGAGCUGGCAACACCUUCUACUUCGCUGUCUAAGAGUAAGAAGCAUGUAGAGCUCCCAGUUAGAGAGGUGCGAUAUGAGCUCCCUGGUGAUUUGGGGGACUCUCUAUCUUCUCGCUCUUGA